CCGGCAUGGUGAUGAAUCCCGGCCCCGGCAUGGUGAUGAAUCCCGGCCCCGGGAUGGUGAUGAAUCCCGGCCCCGGCAUGGUGAUGAAUCCCGGCCCCGGCAUGGUGAUGGUGAAUCCCGGCCCCGGGAUGGUGAUGAAUCCCGGCCCCGGCAUGGUGAUGAAUCCCGGCCCCGGGAUGGUCAUGGCUCCCUGGGGUGACUCUGCAACACGUUCAUACCCGCGACUUCCUGGUCUGGUCAAUCUUCAACAUCAUCCACUUCAAUAUCUUCUGCCUCGGAUUCAUCGCGGUGGCUUUCUCAGUCAAGGCCAGAGACCGAAGGUUUGUUGGUGAUCAGAAUGGAGCCAAACACUAUGGCAACACAGCUAAACACCUCAACAUUGCAGCAACUGUUCUCACUUGCAUUCUCUACUUAAUAUUGAUUAUUUUAGUAUUUUUUGGUGCU